AUGGACACAAACGCGCUGGUUGACCUUAUCCAUGAGAUGCAGGGCGAACUCUGGGUUGACAAAAUCAACAAAACCCACGGAACAGGCCAGCUUUGCCCCUGGGUGUCAACAUUCCAUCCAGACAAUCUUCCUUGUCACCUUGAUGGGACAUUCUACAAUGGUGCAUUUAAUGCUGGCAUGAAAAUGGUGUUUAGUGAUGGCACUCCUUGGAUGGUUCGUUUUCCUGAUGAGAAGGUUGCCAUGGAGGUAGCUACACUGGAUCUUAUCCACAAGAGAACUACAGUCCCGGUCCCAAGAGUACACGCAUGGGGGCCUGCUGCGAGCAACCGACUUGGACUGGGGCCAUUCAUCAUGAUGAGCUUCAUUGAUGGUGUGAGCCUCAGCGACCUAUUGUCGGACCCCAAUGCAUCUACCAGACUCAUAAGAGAGGAUAUCGACGAGAAUGACAUUGAAGUUAUCUACCGGCAAAUGGCAAAUUAUUUACUUCAGCUUUUCAAGCUCGAUUUCGACUGUAUUGGAAGCCUGCCAUGGCCAGAUUCCAAAUCCCAGAGCAUUACACCAACGCGUGACCAACAUCAGAGAUUUAAGACAACAACUGAAUAUUUUCAGUAUGUGAUUGGCCAGGAUUGGGAGCAGCUUCUUCAGCAACCAAAUUCAACUGUUGGCUGCUACAAUGCACAAAGAAAAUAUGUUGCAUUCAGUGCUCUAAAAGAUUUUCUUUGUGACCUGAUCCAUGCAGACUAUGACCAUGGCAAGUUCAAGUUGAUUUGUGAUGACCUUGGCUUAGCAAACCUCAUUGUCAAGAGCAAGGAUGAUCUUACUGUUGUAGGGGUUGUUGAUCUUGAGUGCUCAUAUAUUGGACCUGCCCAACUGUUUGGCUCAGCACCAUGGUGGCUUCUUCAAGACAGACCAGUUAACAGCUUGUGGGAUUGUGAGGAUGACAAGCCACCCAAGGUGGCCAGCCGCUAUUUCAGAUACUUGGAAAUCUUCAUACGUGUUCUAGAGGAAGAGGAGGCAAAAGGACAUGAAGACAGCAGAGAGCUCUCCAGUCUUGUCAGGUGGUCACAAACUACUGGGGCAAUGUGGCUGCACAUGUUGAUUUUAUCUGGUUUCAAUGAUCAUCACAGCUUUCCUUUCACCCAGCUGCGCCAACACUUUGGCACUGAUUGGACGACGAGGGAAAAUAAAAUCAGCAAGGCAGAGCUCGAGGAAUUUGAGAUGCGGAAACACAGAGAGUUGGAUGAGUAUGAUAAGGAGUUGGAGAAGAAAGAGGAGGAUAAAGCACUUGUCGACAGCGGGAAGAUGACCAAAGAGGAAUUUAUUGGUGUUACAAAGCAAUGA